AUGGCUCGUCCACGGCGAACGUCAAGCAACCUUGGAGGUGAUCCCCGGGGAGACACCAGCGCACCUGCACUCGCUACCAUGGCAGCGCGCCCAACUUCUGCAAACGAAAAAGACGCAAAACCCCAUUCGAAGAGACGGAAAGCAAGGUCGGCCUUUCACAAAUGGAAGCAAAUAUCCUUGCGGCACACCUGGCUAAACCCGCUCAUCCUCACCGUUGCGAUACUCGUUGCCUACUACAUCAAUCCCGGAGAGCAGAACCCUUUUCACAAGGCGAUUUUCUUAUCCUACAAUCUCGGGCCUGAUUAUCUCGGCGGACCUGACAUGUAUGGCAAGGGGAAAGCAGACAUUGCCUUUGUGGCCUUUUACACGAUCGUCCUGAGCUUUACCAGAGAAUUUUUAAUGCAGAGAUUGAUCCGUCCCAUUGCCAUCAGAUGUGGCAUCAAAAAGAGAGCGAAGCAGUCACGCUUUAUGGAACAAGUCUACACGGCCAUCUACUUUGGCAUUUUUGGUCCGUUUGGCCUUUAUGUCAUGUCCAAGGGGACCCUUUGGUACUUCAAUACUACGGCCAUGUUCGAAGGGUUCCCUCAUCGAAAGCAUGAGGGUGUGUUCAAGGCAUACUACUUGUUGCAGGCGGCCUACUGGGCUCAGCAAGCCCUCGUCCUCAUGCUGCAACUGGAAAAGCCUCGAAAGGACUUCAGAGAGUUGGUCUUUCACCACAUUGUCACCCUCUCCCUCAUUGCGUUGAGCUACCGCUUUCAUUUCGCUAAAAUGGGCAUUGCUGUCUACAUCACCCAUGACAUCAGCGAUUUCUUCCUCGCGACUUCCAAGACCCUCAAUUAUCUAGAUUCGAUCAUCGUAGGACCCUAUUACUUUCUAUUUAUGUGCGUUUGGAUUUACCUUCGCCACUGGAUCAACCUGCGCAUUUUGUGGGCAACCCUCACCGAAUUCCGGACCGUGGGACCUUACGAGCUGGACUGGGAGACUCAGCAAUACAAAUGCUGGAUUAGCCAGAUCAUCACAUUUGCCCUUCUCGCAUCCCUUCAAGCCGUAAACCUCUUCUGGCUGUUCCUGAUCCUCCGCAUCGCCAAGAACUUUGUCUUCUCGAAUGUCCGGGCUGAUGAACGAAGUGAAGACGAGGAUGAGGAUGAGGAGAUCGAAGAUGCGCCAAGUGAAGGAAAGAAGGCCUCAGAAAAUGGCAAAAUCGCUGGAGGCAAACCAGUUGUUCUCGUCAAUGGCGAGCCUGUGGAAAACGUGUCCAAAUCAGACGGAGUACGCGAACGGAAGAGGAAGAGCUGA